CUCAAACCACUGAGCUCUCCCUCCCCCAUGCUCCUUUCUAUUUUCCUCACUAGGAUUUGACUUCCAGUUUUCCAGACUUGCCUCUAACCACCUCUUUGACUCUGCAGUUUCACCGGGGGGCAAUUUCUUGGCUCCUCUUACUGUUUUGUUGUUGUUGUUUUAAAUUUGGGGUAAACAUUUAGUUAGAGGCUCUCUCUAUUGUGGUCUUUUUCAAUAGUCUCCCUGCAGCUUGACUGAGUCGCGCCCCCGCCCCCUCCGUCUGGCAGCUGGAGGUUUUGGGACCCACAGAGCGUGGACUCCCACCCCGAUCGUCUCCACUAACAGCUGUUGAGGGGCCGAUCCUCCACAAACUCAUCUCCUUCUUUUGAGAACCCGCUUAUCGUGUUGAUAUAGUGGCGUUCUGUUCGUUUCUCCUUUAUUCUCUAUCCUUCUCCUAAUGCUUCCUAACAUGCUUCUCUCAGCUUUUUCCACAGCCGCUGCCCAUCGAGAGGAUGUUUUCAGGCCACCAGGACUCCAAAAUCUCUUUCUUCAUGGGAACAGCUAAUUUAGACCCCAUCCUUAAUUGAGAGGUGUGCUGGGACUCGCGGGUUAAGCCCUGUGGGAAGGGAGAAAGGGGUUUCAGUCUCAGCAUGCCUGCCAUGGGGCUGAACCCUGAGUCCCAGCGGGGCUGAUGCUCCGAGUCCUGGCAUGCCCAACUGUCCACUGAAAAGGCUCUGGUGGUCCUGGUUUGGACCGCAGGUUGCCCAUCGACUUCCCCUGGCUUAGGCUCUUGGUAGCUAGGUGUAUCUGCCAUGCAAGUUUCUUUGGGCAGCUUUUUCCACACUGGGUUAGUUCAGGGGCCUUAGCAAGCCCUUGGGAGAUAGCUGGGUACAUGCAGGCUCCACAGCACAACAAUGGAUUUGUCACUCCCUGGCAUUCUCCCACUAGAGCUCCUAAGCCUGGGGCUAAGUAUAAGAUGUCCUCCCUCCUUAGGAUCCGGACUGAGUCAUUAAACUCAAAACUGUUCACCUCUGUCUCCCCUGGCCACCCCAGAGGGGACUCCAGGUGCUUUUUUCCAAAGAGAGUUGGGUGCCGGAGUGCAAACAGCUCUUCUUCGUCAUUUGAUAGGGAAAGGGGGCCUGUACCUUUAAGACUGGUCAAUUUCUCUCCAGACAUUCCCAGGCAGGUUCACAGAAGCUCUGAGCUGUCUGGAGUGUGCUGCUUGCGGGGAUGGACUGGAGUUUCCAGACCAUGGAGAUGGCGUGUGCGCUGUCCCCUGAGGUGAAGGUUGCCGUGGUCCAAUCCUCGCCGAGGAAGCAGAGAGGGGCGCGUGUGAGCAGGCGGAGGAAGAUCAGCCACUCCACAGCGAAGGGAAAGGGUCAGCUGAAGCUAUCGAUCGACAUGCAGGGCAGGCUCCUUGUGCUGCACAUUAUGGAAGCAAAAGGCCUGAUGGGAAAAGAGUACAGGACAUGCGACUCCUAUGUGAAGAUGUCUGUAGUACCAGAUACUGAUCGGAAAUGCAGGCAAAAAACCAAGACUGUUCCAGACAGCAAAAAUCCCAUCUUCCAUGAGCACUUUCUCUUCCCAGUUCAAGAAGAAGAUGAACAAAAGCGUCUUCUGGUUACAGUCUGGAACCAAGAGAGAAAUUCCAGACAGAGCCAGCUAAUCGGCUGUAUGAGUUUUGGUGUGAAGUCGCUCCUGACCCCAGACAAGGAGGUCAGCGGCUGGUACUAUCUUCUUGGCGAGGACCUGGGCAGGACCAAGCACCUGAAGGUGGCCACGCGGCGUCUGAAGCAGAACAGAGAGCCACUGCUGGCGAGCCAGGGGGCUGCACUGGGAAACCAGGAGGCUGAGAACAUGGAGCAGCUCAAGAUUACAAUCCCUCGAGGAAGGGAUGGGUUUGGCUUCACAAUCUGCUGCGACUCUCCAGUCCGUGUGCAGGCUGUAGACUCUGGUGGCCCAGCAGAGAAGGCUGGCCUGCAGCAGCUGGACACUGUGGUGCAGCUGAACCAGCAACCCGUGGAGCACUGGAAAUGCGUGGAGUUGGCACAUGAAAUCCGGAACUGUCCCAGUGAGAUCAUCCUGCUGGUGUGGAGGAUCGUGCCGCAGAUCAAGCCAGGCCUUGAAGGCAUGAUACGGAGGUCAUCCUGCAAAUCUACCUACGACCUCCAGUCACCUCCAAACAAGCGGGAGAAAAACAGCACAGUGCCCUCGCGCCCCGAGCACCGCCAGAGCUGCCACAUCGUGUACAACAGCAGUGACAGGCUGGUGCUGAACAACUGUCCGCGAUACACGGAGGUUGGGAAGCGGAGCCAGCACACGAUGCCACCCUUGUCCCGGGCAUCCUCUGACGGGGACAAGAACUACAUCCUCUUAGCACCUCUGAAUCCUGGGAGUCAGCUGCUGAGGCCUGUGUAUCAGGAGCACAAUGCCGCGGUGGUCCCAGGAAAUGCAGGGAAAGGCAAAUCCCAUACGGGAUCUGGGCGGAAAUCCAGGCUGAUGAAGACAGUGCAAACUAUGAAGAGCUAUGGGAACUACCAGAACUGCACCAUUGUGAGGCCUCAUAUCCCGCACUCCAGCUAUGGCACCUAUGUGACACUGGCCCCCAAAGUGCUUGUGUUCCCUGUCUUUGUGCAGCCUCUAGAUCUUUGCAACCCGGUCCGGACUCUCCUUUUGUCAGAGGAGCUGCUGCUUCAUGAAGGCAGAAGCAGGACAGUAAAGGUGACCGUCUUCAUCUACUCGGACUUGCUGCUCUUCACUAAGGAAGAUGAGCCAGGGCGCUGCAAUGUGCUGAGGAAUCCUCUCUAUCUCCAAAGUGUCAAACUCCAGGAGGGUUCUUCUGAAGAUCUGAAAUUCUGCAUCCUCUACCUUGCAGAGAAGUCGGAGUGCUUAUUAAGUUUGGAGGCUUACUCCCAGGAGCAGAAGAAGAGGAUCUGCUGGUGUCUGGCUGAGAACAUCACUAAGCAGCAGCAUCCGGCAGCAGCUCCUGCUGAGAACAAGAUGCUUGAGACGGACACUGAGGAGCUGAGGGUGAUGCCCUCUGAGGAGGAGAAGGUGGCAGGGGGUGAUGCCUGCCUGGCCGCAGUGGGGGCAGCGGAAGGGGCAUUGAAGGAGGCUGUCCCGGCUGCCCUGGGGGCCCCACUGGAGGAGAAGAAGGUGGUGAUUGUGGCCGAGUGUGUGGAGGAGCAGCCUGGCUCCAGACCAGCCUUUGUGAUCCCGGAGCUGCGGCUGGACAGCACGGCGGACAGCCCAACAGACGAGGAGGAAGACGAGGAGGAGGAGGACAGCGACCAGCACUGUCUGGAGAGGAGUGAGGUCAAGCGCUGCAGCAUGAUUGAACCGUCGGUCUGCGAGCCGACCUACACCCUGACAGUGCAGGGCUCCCUGCGGCGCCGCACGCACAGCGAGGGCAGCCUGCUGCAGGAGACGAAGGGCCACUGCUUCACCUCCGACACCACCCUCAACUGCCUGGACAUCCAGGGUCCCCAGACCCACUGGGCACUGCCCUCGCCCAGGACCCUCAAGAAGGAGCUCACCAAGAACGGGGGCUCCAUCCACCAGCUCGGCCUUCUCUUCUCUGGGCACAGGAAGCUCAGCGGAACAGACAACGAGUGCGGCUGUGAGGAUGGGGACGAGGCCUCCUGCAAGAAAAAGAGCAAAAACUUGGCCAAAGACAUGAAGAACCGACUGGGGAUAUUUCGACGGCGAAAUGAGUCUCCAGGAGCCAACCCCAUCAGCAAGCUGGACAAAGCAAUGAAAUCCCUCAAGCCGACCCCGGAGGAAGCUCUCAAGUGGGGGGAAUCUCUGGAGAAACUGCUGCUGCACAGAUAUGGGCUGGCUGCCUUCCGGGCCUUCCUGCGGACGGAGUUCAGCGAGGAGAACCUGGAAUUCUGGCUUGCGUGCGAGGAGUACAAGAAGAUCAAAUCCCAAUCCAAGAUGGUGUCCAAGGCCAAGAAGAUCUUUGCCGAGUACAUUGCUAUCCAGUCAUGCAAAGAGGUGAACCUGGACUCCUACACGCGGGAGCACACCAAAGAGAACCUGCAGACCAUUACCCGGAGCUGCUUCGACCUCGCUCAGAAACGGAUCUAUGGGCUCAUGGAGAAGGACUCUUACCCCCGCUUCCUCCGCUCAGAGUUGUAUUUAGACAUAAUUAACCAGAAGAAAUCCAGCCCCACACUGUAGAUCCCAAGGACACUGUCUGGGGCAGACUGGGAGCUGUAUGUUUACAUGAAAUCGACUGGGGAGGUCUUCCCUGAGCUGGAUGAGGGGAGCAUGCCUUUCUGCUGGGAUUCACGCCCAUGGAAGCCAUAUCUCUGUAGCGAACAGACACAUGGACAGGCAAAGGCAGAGAGCUAGAGGCCAAGGGGGCUGGAGAGCCGAGCAGUCUGGUACUGUUCCAGUGUACCGUUCCUCAGGAUCUCGCCAUCUCAUCGGUACGACGCCCUUUGCCAAGGCUCGGGUGUGAGUUUUAGCCAGGAGGGAAGCUCCCACGAGACUACUGUGAAGCACUGGCCUGAGCUUUGUCUUUUGUUUUGGGGGCCAUAAGUCAGUGGGCAGUGAGUCGGUGGGCAGGGAGGCUUUGGGGAGAGGGGAAACCAGCAAGAACCGGCUUCUUGCCUCUGCUGAACUGGACCAAACCCCUUUCCAUGGCCUUGUCGUGCUGCCCUGGCCCUGCAGAACUCGCACCUGCCAAACUGGCUAACAAAAGGCCCUGAUCGUGGGAUAGAAUGGCACUUCUUUUGUCUGUCUGUGGUGAUGCGCCCCUCAAGCAGCGAGAGCCAGUUCCUCCCCCACGCCCACCACACACCUCUCCGUUUAUUUAUUGACCUCCUGUAGCUGGAUGCGUUGCUGUGUAAUAGGAACUCCUUGAAUCCUUUCCUUUGUUAAUUUACAAGUGCAAUAUUUCUGCGUGUCUUGGAGUCCCGCAGUGGAAUGGACGGCCAUCUCUUCCAAGAGUGUGUACAACAUUUUCUAACUCGGUGGGUUUUAUUUGACAAACUCUGUGCUCCAAGCAGCAGGCCGCUGGGAGAGCCUGGGUGUAUAUAUAGUUCUGUGACAAUGAAGGGUUUGAUUGUGUAGAUAAACAGCUGUGUGAAUCAGACACUCUCACUGCUCUGGAUAAUGAUGUCGUGGUCUGGGAAACGUGGCUUAGUGCUGGAUUUGACGGAGUUGGAGAGAAUGUCUUGCGUCUAAGUGCCCGGUUUACAAUGCAAAGCAUCUCUGCAGCUAACAAAAACAUGUUGACGUCAUGGUUAUAGUGUAAAUAAAAGGAGAAUAUUAUUUCUUGUA